UUUCCUUUUCUCUCACAGAACUGACUGCUCUGUGCGUCAGUUGCCAAAACGUGGGGACACUUCCUGCCACCUUUGCAACACCGAGAAGUUGUCCUCAGGAGCCUGAGCCCCAGUCUGAGCUCCAGGCCAGGAAAGUGAAGGCGGGCGGGGGUGGCCUGGCUGGGGAGACACGGGCUGGCCUUCUCCUGGGUCUCCAGGCAGCCCUCCCGGUUUGCACCUGACCAUGUCCCUGGCCGAGGCCAUCAGCCUCUGGAAUGAAGGGGUGCUGGCAGCCGACAAGAAGGACUGGAAGGGAGCCCUGGACGCCUUCACCGGGGUACAGGACCCCCACUCCAGGAUCUGCUUCAACGUGGGCUGCAUACACACGAUUCUGGGGAACCUGCUGGAGGCGGAGAAGGCCUUCACCAAAAGCAUAAACCGAGACAAGCACUUGGCAGUGUCCUACUUCCAACGAGGGAUGCUCUAUUACCAGAUGGAGAAAUACGAUUCCGCCAUUAAAGACCUUAAGGAGGCCUUGACUCAGCUUCGAGGGAACCAGCUGAUCGACUACAAGAUCCUGGGGCUACAGUUCAAGCUGUUUGCCUGUGAGGUGUUAUAUAACAUUGCUUUCAUGUACGCCAAGAGAGAGGAAUGGAGAAAGGCUGAAGAACAUUUAGCGUUGGCUGUGAGCAUGAAGUCUGAGCCGAGACAUUCCAAAAUUGACAGAGCCAUGGAAAGCGUUUGGAAACAGAAGCUCUAUGAGCCGGUGGUGAUCCCUGUGGGCAGGCUCUUUCGGCCGAACGAGAGGCAAGUGGCUCAGCUGGUCAAGAAGGAUUACCUAGGCAAGGCCACGGUUGUGGCGUCUGUGGUAGACCAGGACAGCUUCUCAGGCUUUGCCCCCCUGCAGCCACAGGCAGCUGAGCCUCCACCCAGGCCGAAAACCCCAGAGAUCUUCAGGGCCCUGGAAGGGGAAGCCCACCGUGUGUUGUUUGGGUUUGUGCCUGAGACACCAGAGGAGCUACAGGUCAUGCCAGGGAACAUCGUCUUUGUCUUGAAGAAGGGCAAUGAUAACUGGGCUACGGUCAUGUUCAACGGGCAGAAGGGGCUCGUUCCCUGCAACUACCUCGAACCAGUUGAGUUGCGGAUCCAUCCUCAGCAGCAGCCCCAGGAAGAAACCUCCCCAGAGUCUGAUAUCCCAGCUCCCCCAAGUUCCAGUGCUCCUGGAAGACCCCAGUUGUCACCAGGUCAGAAAGGAAAAGAAGAGCCCAAGGAAGUCAAGCUCAGUGUCCCCGCGUCCUACACACUCAAGGUGCAUUACAAGUACACGGUGGUCAUGGAGACUCAGUUCAGGCUCCCCUACAGCCAGGUCCGGGACAUGGUGGCUAAGAAGCUGGAUCUCCUGCCGGAACACAUGAAGCUGAGCUACCGUCCUCGGGACAGCAAUGAGCUGGCGCCCCUUUCAGAAUUCAGCAUGAAGGAUGCCUGGGACCAAGUGAAAAACUACUGCCUGACGCUGUGGUGUGAGAACACCGUGGGUGACCAGGGCUUUCCAGAAGAACCUGAAGAAAGCAAAAAACCUGAUGCUAAUAACCAGACAACAGAACCUGAGCUUAAGGAAGGGAGCAAAGUGGUAGCUCUCUUCAGUUACGAGGCUACCCAGCCAGAAGACCUGGAGUUCCUGGAAGGGGACGUAAUCCUGGUGAUAUCAACGGUGAAUGAAGAAUGGCUGGAAGGGGAGUGCAAAGGGAAGGUUGGCAUUUUCCCCAAAGCUUUUGUUGAACAACAUGCAACUACAGACUUGGAAAGCAUGCCCUGAGGAGUCUAGGAUGUUUUACAACCUACAACGUUGAAGAAAAGGAAGUACUAUCAUUUACAAGAUUUGACACGCCUCUGCCACACAUUCGAGACACCCCUCUGGAAGCAUUAAUUCAUCUACUCUUCUGUUAAAACUUAACCUAUUAGACGAUGAUGUAAGAACUUACAAUGAUUACCGUCAAGACAGGGAGGGGUGGUGGUCGGAAAUGUCUAGAAGAGGGGGGUCUUCUAGGGUGCAGAUAAUCUGUUUCUUGCUUGGAGUGCUGGCUACCCAGAUGUGUUUGGUUUGUGAAAAUUCACCGAGUUGUAUACUUACUGUUGGUACACUUCUCUCUACAUAUGUGAUGCCUCAAUAAAAAACUUACAAAAACAA